AUGUAUUCGCAUUACUGCAAAGUUGAGACACGUGAUCAUUUCGUGCCGGUAACGCCAACAAAUUUCGAGAAAAGCAAUGCAGUGUUGGAAUCAAAUCUUACGGAAGCAACGUAUUACGAUACAGGCUACGGUUCGGCCGAGCACCUUCAGAAAAUAGGCGGCAUAUUUCAUAGUUUUUAUGGUGCCACCAAGCAUGGCAAUUAUUACAACGACGAACGGGAUCUGUACACGAACUACUGGAUUAAAAGUUAUACGUCUCAUUCAUCUCGAGGGUGUUUGGAGUCCGCUUGUAACUCGAAUCAAUACCCAUUCGUUGCUUCCCAUCAGGAUCAGCAGUUCGUAGGAACACCUUUGCUUGAUCCUUACAGCAGUGAUUCUCAGUGUACCCAAGCUCAAAGUGUCCAUCAGUUAUCGGAGUGUAAUUAUAGUGUUAGUAGUUCCUUUGGUUCAAACGCAGUGUCACAAGUGGGUAACAUCGAUCAUGUUGAUAAUCUGUUCGGUUCACCCGUCAGUACAGCCAUGUACGGCGAUGCAUAUGGUAACAAUCUUUGUGAUACGGAACGAAACACAGAACAAUGCACAUCAUUCAGCAGUGACGAUGAUAAAAAUCAAGGAGCGUCUUAUUUGGAACACACGGACUUUUCCGACGGAUCUAUUUCGAUUCCGGAAACGCCGUCAAAUGCUAGUCAAAAAGAAAACGCAUUGGCAGCCACAGUCUGCGAACUUCAACAGAAACCAUUUUCUCCACAAGAGUCACCUGCCUCCCCACCAGAAACGCCAGAAAAGCUCGGCCGGCACUCCAAUAUCAGCAACAGGAAAGAGCGAACAGCAUUCACUAGAUCACAGGUCAAAGCGCUGGAAGCAGAAUUCUCCCAUUCGAACUAUCUGACUCGGCUCCGACGUUACGAAAUAGCCGUGGCUCUUUAUCUAAGCGAGCGACAAGUGAAAGUUUGGUUCCAGAAUCGACGAAUGAAGUGGAAAAGAAUUAAAACAUCAAAUGCAACAACGACGAAGGAAAAAGAUUCUAAUUAA